AUGGAUGUGGUGCUGGAGGGCAAUGGCUCUGGCGCAGGCUCGGGUUGCGAGGACUGCUGGAACGCCUCUGGCUGGGACUACUGGGAGGACUGGAGCCCGAGCCAGUCGCUCUUCAGCGACAUGGAGCUGGUCGCUGUGACCACGCUGUGCAUUCCACUGUUGCUGCUCGGCCUCGUGGGUAACGCUAUGACCAUCCUGGUGGUGUGGCGCUGCCCACAGAUGAGGAGCACCACGUACCUGUACCUGAGCAGCAUGGCUGUGUCCGACAUCCUCAUCCUCCUGCUCAUGCCUCUGGACUUGUACAAGCUGUGGCACUACCGGCCGUGGUUGCUAGGCGAGGCCGUGUGCAAGCUGUCGAUGUUCGCCAGCGAGUGCUGCACCUUCUCCUCCAUCCUGCACAUGACGGCUCUCGGGGCCGAGCGCUACCUGGCCGUCUGCUUCCCGCUGCGCGCGCGCCUGCUGGUCACCCGGGGCCGUGUGCGCGUGCUGCUGGCCGGCCUGUGGGCCGUGGCCUUCCUGAGCGCUGCCCCCGUGCUGGCCCUGGUGGGCGUGGAGCGUCUGGACGAGGGCGGCCUGACCGAGUGCCGCUGCACGCAGUACGCGCUCACCUCGGGCCUGCUGGCCGCCAUGCUGUGGCUGUCCAACCUCUACUUCCUGGUGCCGCUCGGCCUGCUCUCGUUGCUCUACGGCCUCAUCGCCCGGAGGCUGUUCCUACGGAAACAGACUCACCGAGACCGCGGGCAUCGCCAGACACUGAGGAUGAUGGUGGUGAUAGUGGUGGCAUUUGUUCUGUGUUGGCUCCCCUUCCAUGUUGGCCGGACCCUCUUCUCUGUUUCGGCUGACUCCAGCCCCGAGCUCUACACUGUGUCCCAAUACCUGAACCUGGUCUCCUUUGUGCUCUUCUACCUGAGCGCCGCCAUCAACCCGCUGCUGUACAAUACCAUGUCCGCCCGUUACCGAGCGUGCGUCCGCUCCCUGCUCACACUGGCCAACAGCCCCACCACAGAGGUCCGCCACGGGGCCCAUCGAGGCCAGCUCACUCCCCAACACUCACACUCCAGUACUCAUAUCUGAGGAAGGGCAGAGUGUGUGUCCUGUCCUCUCUACACUCUUACAGGUAUAAUGUAAUG